ACGGGACUCAGAAACUCUGAGCUGCCUGCCAGACAAACUCGCCAUGCUGCGGCCGAAGGAUUUGUGUCAGGGAUCCGGCACCAAAACCUUCCUGGAAGCCAUGCAGAGUGGUAAAGUCCACCUGGCUCGCUUCGUGCUGGACGCUCUGGACGGGCGCAUCAUCAACGGCAAAACCGAAAACAGCCGUACGCUGCUGAUGCACGCCGUGAACCUUCAAGACCCCGGGAGCAGAUCCAAAUUCACCAAGCUUCUGCUGGAGAAAGGCGCGGACGUGAACGCCCGGGACGACCACGGGCGCACGGCCUUGAGCCUCGCCUGCGAACACGGACGCCUGGAUUCGGUGAAGCUCCUGGUGCAGUUCAACGCCGACCCGGAGCUCACGGACACAUGGGGAAACAGCGCCCUGAUGUACGCCGCCUGCGGAGGACACAAUCAAGUUUUGGAGUUCCUGGUGCGGGCGUUCAAGAAGCUCGGAUUGCGACUGGACCGCACGAACCACGCGGGACAGUCGGCCGCACAAGUUGCUGAUUUCUUCGGCCACAAUCAGUGCGUUCAAGCCCUCAGUAGUUGCGGAAAGAAGAUGGUGAGUCCGACGAACAGCACGGGAGAACCCGUGGAAGAACUCCGUUGGCCCAAUCGCCUCCCGAAGCAUGUUCUGGAGAGGUUCUCCAAACAAAUCCAGAGCAGACAUGAGGAACUCCUUCCGGCUUUGUUUCAGAGACAGCUGCGUGUAGGCGACAGCGGCAACAACCUGCGAACCCGCUUCAGACGUCCACCGCCGUUGCCCGACACGGACCGAGAUCUGCUGUUUGCUUCGAAACAGAUUCAAAACUCAGUGUUGAAAGAGGUUGGCGGCACCGGGAGUGCAGAACGCGAGACAGACAUCGAAACGCCACUCUGGGGGAAAACCCGAUCGUUCAACCUGGACCUCAGAAAGCAAUCCUACCAAGGCGACGUUCGCGAAAUCAACAGAUCCGCCAGCCGAUUCAAAAGAGCUUCGCUCCAGGAUGAAAAACCUCUCGUGGCGAAGUUCUACAGCACAAAAAUGAGCGAUACCAUCAACCUCGAGGAGUCCCAGAGCAGGAAAGUUCCCAAAACAUCCAGACAGAGCAAACUUCUGUUCAGUCGGGAAGAACUGGAACCUGAGAGGAUCAAACCUCGCCCUUCAGGGAUCUCCGGACUCGGGACCAGGCUGCUGCGCAGAUUCACAGCUCCUGAAUUCAUGCGGCACAUCAGAGACUGUCCGAGCGACGCUGGACACGUUAAAGGGAAGAUGUCCAGGUCCGAGACCUUCCCAUUCUCGCACACACACAUGAGAGUGAACAGCCAGCCCAGUGUGGACAGCAUCAGUGCGGUGAGAUGCGAGUUUGAGAACAAUUCAGCUCUUAAAUGAGCCGAUAAAGGCAUAUUUAGAUGAGGUAAACACUAUAUUGGGCAUUUAGAAAGACCUGGGAAAUGAAUUCAAAGAUGUUUAUGACUAUCACACUGCAAGAAAUGAUGGAUUUUUUUGUCUUGUUUUCCAGUACAAAUAUCUAAGCAUUCUUAAAUCAAAAUACAAGUACUUGUGGAGCUAUUGAAGCUAACUUUUUUUGUGUUCAAUAUCUACAAGAUUUAUAUAAUGAGCGAGUAGAUCAUGAAUCCAUUUCCCAAACCUGUGUUUUUGUCUUGUCCUAGAAAUAUAAACACUGAAAUUUAUAAUAUUGCAGUGAAACAAGAAAUCAGUAUCUGGUGCGCGUGCAGCUGUGGAUUAACACAGUACCUGCGUGACUUGUCAUAGACAUAAACAGAGAGAAGUAGCUCCGGCUACAAUGUUUUUCCGCAAGACGCAUGCAGUUCUGUUUUCCCUUUGAAUUAAGAUUAUUUUUCAGAUCCCCCUAGGAGAUAUUUGUUCUUGUUUUAAGCAUAAACUCACUUAAUAUUGAUAAAUUUUUCUUUAUCUGCAUCUGAAUGUUCAGAAGUAUACUGGAAAUCAAGACAAAAACACCAAGUAAGAAGAUUUCUUUUGCAGUGUAGAGAGAUGUUCGACACUAUAAAUAGCUGUGUACUUCAUGAAUGUAAGAACUUGAACUCUCUCACUGCUCUCAAGGUCUUUUACUGCCUCUGUAGAUUCAUUAAUGUCCUUCAGCUAAUAAUGAAGUGAUUUAAUUAUUGCUGACAUUAUUAUGCACUGCUAAAGUGUGUCUGCAUUAAGCUAUUAUUACUAUAAUGCAUGCGUGUUAUAUUUUUAUAAGCAUAUUUUGUCUUGAAAGAAAGAGAGAGAAAUGUGGAGUAAAGUGAAUCUUAUAACUGUUUGUGAUUUGUAUGCAUUAAAAUACAGUUUUGUAUAUCUUUGCAUAUCUAUGAUGCCAAUAAUUUAUACUGUAUAAACUCAAAGCAUCUGUCUGUGUGUAUUUUGUUUUCUUUUGAUAGACAUAUAUAUGAAUAAACCACUUAUAUGCUUAAAGCAAAAUAAAACA